AAUAAAACACUGCCAAACCAAAUGACGGAAAUACUGGAACGUAGCUAGCGGUUGAGUUUUCUAGCUGAAGCAUCGCACCAUUGUAUGAGGUAGAUUGUUUUUCCAUCAUGAUACUAACUCCCGGUGGAUGUAGAACGGAAUAACAUCAAAGAAGACUAGCUCUUUGAUCGCUUUGUAGGGGAAAGAUGUCCAAUAUACUUGAUGCGGCGUCCAGAGUGAAAUGGGACCGGGCGACUGCUGCGAAGCGAGCUAUCUUUCUCGCGGCCGCUGCCUAUGGGGUGAAAACCCUGUACCCCAUCGUCUGCAGACAAUUCGUGAAACGGAACGAAUGCAGGAAUAGAAGGGGGUCUAAAGGAGAGGAAAAUGGCUCGACGGUGAAAUCACAAACAGAUGCACUGAGUCAUAAAAAGUCACCUGGUGUAAACGCUGAAUUUUUUAAGCAGAUACUUGAACUCAUUAAAAUUCUCUUUCCAAAGCUUGUCUCCAAAGAGCUUGGAUUGCUGUCUCUGCAUUCGGUCGCGUUGAUAUCCCGGACGUUUCUGUCUAUCUAUGUCGCAGGCUUGGAUGGCAAGAUUGUGAAAACAAUCGUUGAGAAAGAACCACGAAGCUUCAUCAUCCAGCUGAUGAAAUGGCUCCUUAUUGCUAUCCCGGCCACAUUCGUGAACAGUGUUAUCCGCUACCUGGAAUGCAAGCUGGCUCUCGCCUUCCGCACACGGCUAGUGGACCAUGCCUACACCACAUAUUUCACAGACCAGACCUACUACAAAGUUAGCAACAUGGACGGGAGACUGACCAACCCGGACCAGUCUCUUACCGAGGACGUAAUGAUGUUUUCCCAAUCCGUGGCGCAUCUCUACUCGAACCUCACUAAGCCCAUCUUGGAUGUGAUACUCACCUCCUACACCCUCAUCCAGACGGCCCGGUCCAGGGGGGCCAACGCCAGCGGGCCGACCCUGCUGGCUGGGUUGGUGGUGUUUUGCACGGCCAAGGUUCUGAGGGCCUGUUCGCCAAAAUUCGGAAAACUAGUAGCUGAAGAGGCCCACAGGAAAGGCCAUUUGCGCUAUGUGCAUUCCAGGAUCAUUGCCAAUGCAGAGGAGAUCGCCUUCUACAGGGGCCACAAGGUGGAGAUGCGUCAGCUGCAGAAGUGCUACCGGGCCCUGGCGGAGCAGAUGAACUUGAUCCUGUCCAAGCGUCUGUGGUACAUCAUGAUAGAGCAGUUCCUCAUGAAGUACGUGUGGAGUAGCUGUGGACUAGUCAUGGUGGCUGUGCCCAUCAUCACAGCUACUGGCUUCGCUGACAGCGAAACCGCCGACGGUCAGACUCAGGUGCUGGUGAGCGAGAGGACAGAGGCUUUCACCACCGCACGCAAUCUCCUGGCCUCUGGAGCUGACGCCAUCGAGAGAAUCAUGUCCUCCUACAAAGAGGUCACAGAGCUGGCAGGCUACACAACGCGCGUCUACAACAUGUUCCUGGUGUUUGGCGAGGUGCAGAGGGGCGUGUACAAGCGCUCAUCCACAUCUACCACGGGAACAGGAGAGAAGAAGAACGUGGCCAGGCCAGAGAUGCACAUCGAUGGGCCUUUGGAAAUCAAAGGAAGAGUCAUCGAUGUGGACAAUGGCAUCGUGUGUGAGAGUGUCCCUAUCAUCACUCCCAAUGGAGACAUAGUGGUCUCCAGUCUCAACUUCAAGGUGGAGGAAGGUAUGCACCUGUUGAUCACAGGUCCUAACGGCUGUGGGAAGAGUUCUCUGUUCAGGAUCCUCAGUGGGCUGUGGCCUGUCUAUGGGGGGCGGCUGCACAAACCCUCCCCACAACACAUGUUCUACAUACCACAAAGGCCGUACAUGUCCAUUGGAACCCUGAGAGACCAGGUGAUCUACCCAGACUCUCCAAAGGACAUGCAUGACCGAGGCUACAGAGAUAAGGACCUAGAGGUCAUACUGGACAUCGUUAACCUCAACCAGAUAGUGACCCGCGAGGGCGGUUGGGAUGCAGAGAUGGACUGGAAGGAUGUGUUGUCUGGGGGAGAGAAACAGAGGAUGGGCAUGGCUCGCAUGUUCUACAACAGGCCAAAGUAUGCCCUGUUGGAUGAGUGCACCAGUGCUGUCAGCAUUGAUGUGGAGGGAAAAAUAUUCCAGGCUGCAAAGGAUGCUGGGAUAUCAUUACUGUCAAUCACCCACAGGCCUUCCCUCUGGAAGUACCACACCCACCUGUUACAGUUUGAUGGUGAGGGAGGAUGGAGGUUCGAGCAGCUGGACACCGCUACUCGUCUCUCCCUGACCGAGGAGAAACAGCGCCUCGAAUCCUCACUUGCGGGAAUACCCAAGAUGCAACACAGACUCAACGAACUCUGUAAGAUCCUGGGAGAGGACUCAGUCCUCAAAACAGCCGACGCAGCAAAGGACUGAAAGAAAAGGAAUGAAAGAAAGAGCGAGAUGGAUGUUAAGGAAGUCAAAGUAUUAUUUUUCUUUGUUUCAACGCACACCGACUGCAUAUUCCCAUACGUGUCCAGUGUUGGGGUUGAAUUUGAAGAAUUCCUCAACAAUGUUGUUUUAUAGAUGUUUUCAUCGCUGGAAUAGUUGAGACUUAAAAUCUCUGACAAGCUGAGACUCACAUUUUAUUUGGUUGAACAAUGAAGUAAAAAUAUUGUUCAUUUUUAGCACUUUACUCAAGUUGAGGAAAUGUAAAUUGUUAUUGCCGUUGUAGUUAUCAAGUGAAGUAGUAGGCUUAUGUUUUUUUGCGAGAUGGUAUUUUUCCUUAUUUUAUUGUGUAGAUUUGCUUGUGUUAAUAAAAAACUACUAUGUACAGGAAAAGGCUCAAAGCUUUCCAUUAAAAAAAAUGCGUAGUUUUAUGAGACAAGUUUAAAAGAUUGACGUUUCGGCAUUUAAUCGCCUCCUACGUCAGUCUUUAAACUGGUCUAAUAAUACGUUGUUUUAAUUAUGGCGAUCGAGCGUUGCGCCUUUACCUGUCCAAUGAUGUCUACUAAUGUUUUUAUUUAACCUUGACUCACUUUGGUUGAGCACAUCUUUAUAUAAAAAAAUAGUAGAAAGGUAAUUGGAUGAUAUGAAACAAUGAUCAUCCGAGUUUUUACAAUCAUAUGAAGUUAUUCAUUAAGGUUAGGCUAAUAAGCAUACAGUUUUAAAGGUAGCCCAGCUGGUCAAAUUUAAAGUAACAUAAAUGAGUGUCCCCUUGGCGCUGGGUUAUGUCAUAAGGACAUCUUCCUUAUUACAUUACUGGAUGUGUUUUUCACAGGUUUUCCCCUCAGAACUGCAGUAUAGUAAUAUAUUCAAAAUACCUAUCUGGCUCUGCAUUUUAAAUAACACCCUUCCCUAGACCUAUAUAGUGCACUAAUUUGACCUCAGGCCUGAUUUGCCUUUGUUAGUGGCUAAGAGAUGGUUAUCUUAGGAGCUAUUAUUGGACAUUAGUGCAUAAGUGACAGCUGUUGGUCUGUUGCAAUAGGCUUCUGGUUAACUGAACAAAUACAAUGGAUUUCAAGGCAUCCUGUCUUGUCUCCAGCAGAGCACAGCAGGAAUUGGACUGGGCUCGCUCACACAAACGCACGCACAAGAACGCUAACACACACACAUCACCUGGCAAAGCCCUCCUCACUGUCACUAGGGUAAUAUCUGUGGAACAGGAUGUUUUGUGUCGUCUCGGUCUACAAUCUUCACCCCCUAUAAGAAAUAAUGUCACAUCUUCAGCAAGAGGUUUACAUUGUGUUCUACGAUAACCACUGUUGAUUUCCGUUGUGGUUCAGUACGGUUUACUUGGUUGCUGAGAACAAUGAACUGUUACCUUGUUAUAUCCACCCACACUUAAAAUCAAUCUAGUUCAGCAAUUCAUAUUUGUUAUCAGCGACUUAUCUCAGACUGUAUACUGUGAACUUUGUUGUUCCUUUUUUUGAUAAUGUCAUAAAAUGUAUUUUUAAUGUG